GGCAACAUCGUCUGUUUACAUUAGCAGCUGUCGACUGUACGAACCGCGAGAGCCGAGGAAAAACCUCCUCUGUUCACUGGAAAGAGAGAAGAAAGGAGACAUUGCCUCCGAGGGAUUGUUUAAGAUACUGCAAAGGCUCUGUAAACCGUAGGAGAGCUAUCGUUGUUGCUUAAUUCCUUGCGUGAGAAGGGCGUGAUACCGCACGUGGUGUAAGUGCAAGAUCAACAGUAUCGGCCGCGAUGGAAGUGUUAAAUUGUAAGGGAGCUGUCCUGAGCAACUGUGAGGUGUAUGCUCUCCUGCAGGAUCUGUGUAGGCAAGAGAAAGGCAGAAAAAGUAUGAUGAAAACACAAGCAGACCUUGCCAACAUUGCAUUUGAAACCAUGAAAUAUCUUGAAAAGACGGCCUGCAGAAAUCAAAAUGCUGAAGUAAUACAAGGUUUCCUACAAGCUGUGAAAGAAUUCAAACUCACAAAAGCCGAGAAAUUACAGUUGAUCAACUUACGGCCAACAACACCAGUGGAAAUGCAGCUUAUAAUUGAAGACAGUGAAGAGAGACUAAGUGAAGAACAAGUUGAAGAGUUAAUUGGGCUGGUAGAGCUCCACUUGCCAGAUAUUGACAACCCGCAAACAUUAGUAAACGGUACACCAGGGAAAUAGUAGUUGUUGUCCCUUUUUUUAAACUUUAUUAUUGUUAUAAUUUUUUGGAUGGAUAUAUAGCCAGUAUAAGGAGCAUAGGAUGUUAUCACGUUUAAUUUAUUUAAUGGACUAGCUGUUACCAAAACAGAUUAUUUGGUCGUACAUGGAUGUUUACGGAGGGAGGUAUUUUGGAAGUAAGGGAGAUUAGGAGAAUAAAGAAGAGAAAUUGUUUUAUAAUCUUUUGGAGUUGUAGAAAUGUCUCAAUAGUAUUUGCUUUAUUUUUUUUUUUUUUUUUUAUGUAUACCACUCUUCCAAGCAAAUAUUAUCUACGACUUAUCAUUGUUACAGUUUUACAUGUGAUGUAGAAUACUGUAUUUUUAUUUUGUCAAGGGAUUAUUUAAUAUUUUAUACAUUGAUCAGCAUAUGACGACUAGCAAGAUGCUGCAUAUGCAGGGCCUUUGGCAUAAGGCACAAAAUGAAUACUCACUACCAUUAAAUACUAGUGAU